AGUCGCCCGCAGCAGGCAGGAGCGUCGGCCGAGCGCCGCGAGGCUCGAUCGGGGCAGGCGGGCCGGCGCCCCGCUGCGGCUGCUGGGUGGGCGCCGCCAUGUCGCUGCUGCCGCGGGGCCGCCGCUGCGGGGCCGCCGCCACGGCCGCCCACCGGCUGCUGCUGGGGCCGCCGCCACGGGUGUCUGGGAGCCACGUGUGUAACCAGUACAGAACAUCAGGUUCUUUGCCAGAGGAAAGAAAAGAGUUUCUGCAAAAUGGCCCAGACUUGCAAGACUUUGUGUCCGGAGAUCUGUCAGACAAGAGCACGUGGACCGAGUAUAAAGGCAAUUUAAAGCGUCAGAAAGGAGAAAGGCUGCGACUUCCUCCAUGGCUGAAAACAAAUAUUCCCAUGGGAAAGAACUACAAUAAACUAAAGAAUACCUUGAGAAGUUUAAAUCUUCAUACGGUAUGUGAAGAAGCACGUUGUCCCAACAUUGGAGAGUGCUGGGGAGGUGGUGAAUACGCCACAGCUACAGCUACUAUUAUGCUGAUGGGGGACACGUGCACUAGAGGUUGCAGAUUUUGUUCAGUAAAGACGGCAAAAAAUCCACCUCCCCUGGAUCCUGAGGAGCCUUACAACACAGCACAGGCCAUAGCCCAGUGGGGCCUGGAUUAUGUUGUUCUGACGUCUGUGGACAGAGACGAUAUGCCUGAUGGUGGAGCAGAGCACUUUGCAAAGACAGUCUCUCAUCUGAAAGAAAGGAACCCAAAGAUCCUGGUGGAGUGCCUGACUCCGGACUUCCGCGGGGACCUCAGGGCUGUGGAGAAGGUGGCCCUGUCGGGGCUGGAUGUCUACGCCCACAACGUGGAGACGGUGCCGGAACUGCAGAGGAAGGUCCGUGAUCCGCGAGCCAACUUUGAGCAAUCCAUAUGUGUGCUGAAGCAUGCUAAAGCUGUCCAGCCCGGCCUCAUUUCUAAAACCUCCCUUAUGCUGGGGUUAGGAGAGACCGAUGAACAAGUAUACUCCACAAUGAAAUUGUUGCGAGAAGCAGAUGUGGAUUGUUUGACUCUAGGACAGUACAUGCAACCAACCAAACGUCACCUAAAGGUUGAGGAGUACAUCACUCCUGAAAAAUUUAAGUACUGGGAAAAAGUAGGAAAUGACCUGGGAUUCCAUUACACUGCUAGCGGGCCCCUGGUGCGCUCCUCCUAUAAAGCAGGUGAAUUCUUCUUGAAGAACUUAGUAGAAAAAAGAAAGACAAAAGCCAUCUGAAAAAGAGAUCAAACCUAUUUAAAGCAGCCAGUUUUAAGGAUCCUUUUUUUCAGCACGUAAUUAUACUCAGUUCCAGAACUGCAGAAGGCCAGAUGGUGGAAGUAUGAGUAAACUUACUAUCUUUCCAGAACACUUUUCUCUCACCACAACCCUUCACAUUAUUUUACCUCAUUCCUUCUGGCAAGACUACCACUACAUAGUACUUCUAGUUUGGCAAGAACUCAGAAGAUAGAACUGAUUUUGAAGGAGUUAUGGAAUUGAGAUGGAAGAAAUAUAAGCUGGAGGUGGGGAAAUCAGAUUUCAGUAAAGAGGUUUGAUAGUACAAUCAGUAUUGGUGCAGUUACUGCCUGUAAAGAGGCUAACAGUAAUUUGAAAAGCGCUGCUAGUUUGGUGGAUCUCACCAUGACGUAACAUGAGCUCACAGGGGCUCUCGGAACUAGAGGAGUUCUGAAGAGAGACUGUGGUAGUGAGGAACGACCAGACUGGGGCUCUGCUGAACCACACCAGAGAAGGUGUGGGUAAUACUCCUUCAGGAGAUGUUCUGUCUCUUAAGAAAAGGAGCUGUACCAUUCAGAUAGCUAAUACUUCUCAGGUGCUCGUGUGCCUCAGCGUGAGCCUUGGUACACACAAGGCCUCUGGUUGAAGAAGUGGCAUGACCAUUAACCUUGUGUGGGUACCCUGUCACUUAAACCAUAUAGAAAUCAGAGUAGCUGUAAUUGCACAAACAGGGCCACCCUCCAUUCGAGUGUAGGACUGGGACAACCCCUGUCCCUCCCUGAGCCUCGCGGGUACUGUUUGGCAUUGGGUACAUGGAACUGUCAUGCUUCUGGCCUGUGCUUCUACUCCACAGGUACUGUCUUACCAUUAAAGCAGGUGAAAACCUAAA